GUUGACGUAUAUAUAAGGUUCCUACCACAUUCUCAUCCUUUGUGAUAAUGUCGGCUGAGUAUGAAGAUAGACCUCCCAGAGACAAUGGCCCAGAGGGCAUGGAGCCAGAUGGGAUCAUUGAGAGCAACUGGAAUGAGAUCGUGGACAGUUUUGAUGAGAUGAACCUGGGCGAGAAGCUGCUCAGGGGAAUCUAUGCCUAUGGUUUUGAGAAACCCUCCGCUAUCCAGCAGAGGGCUAUCCUCCCUUGUAUCAAGGGUUAUGAUGUAAUUGCACAGGCUCAGUCUGGUACUGGGAAGACUGCGACCUUCGCCAUCUCCAUCCUGCAGCAGAUUGACAUGGAGCUGAAGGGCACACAGGCCCUGGUCUUGGCCCCCACCAGAGAGUUGGCUCAGCAGAUCCAGAAGGUUAUCUUGGCCCUGGGUGACUACAUGGGAGCCUCCUGCCAUGCCUGUAUCGGAGGGACCAACGUCCGUAACGAGGUCACCAAGCUGCAGGCUGAGGCCCCUCACAUAGUGGUGGGGACCCCGGGUCGUGUGUUUGAUAUGUUGAACCGCAAAUACCUGGCCUCCAAGAACAUCAAGAUGUUUGUGCUGGAUGAGGCUGACGAGAUGUUGAGUCGUGGUUUCAAGGACCAGAUCUACGAGAUCUUCCAGAAGCUCCCCACUAGCACGCAGGUGGUGCUGCUGUCUGCCACCAUGCCCCAGGAUGUCCUGGAGGUCACCAAGAAGUUCAUGCGUGAGCCAAUCCGCAUCCUGGUCAAGAAGGAGGAGCUUACCCUGGAGGGUAUCCGACAGUUCUACAUAAAUGUGGAGAAAGAGGAGUGGAAGCUUGACACCCUGUGUGAUCUCUAUGAGACCCUGACAAUCACCCAGGCUGUGAUCUUCAUCAAUACUAGGAGGAAGGUGGACUGGCUCACUGAGAAGAUGCAUGCCAGGGAUUUUACUGUGUCCGCUCUGCACGGAGACAUGGACCAGAAGGAGAGGGACUUGAUCAUGAGGGAGUUCCGUUCAGGCUCCAGCAGGGUUCUCAUCACCACUGACCUGCUGGCCAGAGGUAUUGAUGUCCAGCAGGUGUCCCUGGUCAUCAACUAUGAUCUGCCCACCAAUAGGGAGAACUACAUCCACAGGAUUGGUCGAGGAGGUCGUUUUGGCCGCAAGGGAGUUGCCAUUAACAUGGUGACUGAGGAGGACAAGCGCACGCUGAGGGACAUCGAGACGUUCUACAACACCACUGUUGAGGAGAUGCCCAUGAACGUGGCUGACCUCAUCUAGAUUCUGGAAGAUUUCCUUCUGCCCCGUCCCAAACCUUCUGUCCCCUCUCUCCAAUCCCAUUGGCUUCAACAACAAAAAAACUCCAAUCAGUUAAAAUGACGAUCACUCAGAUCCUGGAGCCCUCCCCCUCUUGACCUGAAAUCCCAUCCUAUUUCACCUUUGAUUCCUAUUCUUGUGAUUGCAUACCGACUGGUAUUCAAACUCAUUACAAAUGAUUUUACUCUUACACUGGGGGUUUUGUCUUGUCUUCAUAGCCCUUUACGGUAUUCUGGUCAGGUAAGUAUAGUAUAGCUUAAGUUCUACCACACCUUUCCAAAGUCAAAAAUGCAUUGUCGAUGGGGCUGUUCCUCUUUGGUUUUUAAACCCCUGACACCCUGAGAUGGUUCUAAAUGAUUGGGUGCCCAAGCACUAAAGACUGAAGUUUAGAACUGAUACUGGGUGAUAAGUUUUAACUCCCCAGAGUUUGAUAGAGGGCACACAUGCAUCUUUGCCGUAGUGGCUUUUGUGCAUUUUAGGUAUUUAGCAGGUGCUCUUAUCCAGAGCGUCUUACAGGAGCAAUUUCUGUUAAGUGCCUUGCUCAAGGGCAUAUUUUUCAGUUGUCUUGGUUUCGUCCCAGUAAUCUAAUGGUUGCUGGUUACACUCUUAACCACUAGGCUACCUGCCAUCUGUGCCCUCUAUUUAACUUCAUGGACUGACCUGACCGCCUUAGUUGUGGUUGUCUACUCUUUACCCCCAAUUGAUGCAACUUAAUGGCAUUUGUGUAUAAUGUUGGGAAGUGACUAGCUUUUAGUUAGGUUGACUCUCUGGCUGCAUCUGACAGUGCACCCUAUUCCCUAUAUACUGCACUAUAGACUACAGGGUGCAAUUUUGGACGUGACCUCACUAUUGUGACGUGCUUCAUUGAUCUUCAGUCAGUGGGUGUUAAUAGUUAAGUGUGAUAAAAUUACUAUUGCCCUUUUGGGGGGGGAUCUUGGAGAAGUUAUUACUACCAGAAAAGACUACAAUGUAUCCAACUGAUAUUGGUAUCCAACUCGUCUUGGGAGGUGUGUUUUUAAAGGGGUUCAAGGAGCAGCAUCAACAAAUAAAAAAUAAAAUGUAGAGAAGUGAUCAUGAA